AUGGAGAUCACAAGUGAGGCUGCAAACCUUCAAGAGAAUGCUGAAACACGGCUGGAGAAUUUGAGCUAUGUAGUUCGCCACUUGGAAGAUGCAUUAGCUAUGAGACAUCGCCGACGUCGCUAUCAACAGCGCCAUCAGUCACCACGACCAACUUCAACAGUGAAUACCAAUAAAGAAAGCACCACAAGUCAAUCAAGACACCGACAGCAGGAAUAUUAUCAAGUUCGUCAAUUUUCGCCCAACUUGGAGAAAAGUAGAAAUCGCGAGUUAACAUUGGAUGCUACAAGAGAGGCUGAAGGCCAAGCUAUAUCAACGAGACACGAUAAAACAACGUAUAUAUCAAAGCCCUCUGUUUCCGCCAAAGCUGUCUUGGCCCUGGAGAUACGACCGACGGAGGUUGACACCAAAUUAGGGAGGGUGCAAGUGGCCAAAGAAAUUGGACAUACAACAAGAGAAAUUGAAGAGAGCAAAGCUAUUGGGGCCUAUCCGACAGCAGGAUCAACUGUCGUUGAGACUACUCAGGGAUGGCCGUCUGUAGUGCCGAUUCAGACAAGUCAUCGAUCCCGGGUGCCCGGACCACGACCCUGCUCUCCAAGGUCAAGUAGCUACCUUGCCGGACUCUACCUAGUCUCCAAGGCAUUAUAUGUGCUAAACUCGAUCGGCCAACUAUUACUUAUGGCAAGGUAG